AUGGUUGAGCAGAGGGUGACUGUGAGCCAGCAGGGUGCCCUGGUGGCCCAGGUGGUGGCCGACAGGGGCCGCGUCGCCGAGGCGCUCCGCUCGGCCCGGCUCGUCUCGGCCCGCGGGCGGCGGGAGGAACCGGAGGAGGACGGGGGAGCCGCCCCGGGCGGCAGGUUGAGCUUUGUGUUGUUCUUGGAAAGUUUCGCUCCACUUGUGAAUUCCUUGAACCUUGGCAUUGCCAGCCCUCUUGUGUUGGGCCCUCCUCCUUUUCAGCUUGCUCACAUUAAGACCCAGUUGGCUCUGCAGCAGUUGACCACCAGCAGCUCCGCGCCUCCUCAUGCUUACUUCGGCCGGGCCGUUCUGAAAAGCACCAUGUUUAGCCCCAGAGGAGCGUUGCCACAGAGGCCGAGAGGACCCAACCCGUCCGCAGCGAAGCCCCCGGGAUCCUUCCAGGGAGGGACGGGCCCGCAGAGACCCCCGGCCCCAGGAGCACCCCGGGGGGCAGCGCCGCGUGCGUCGGGGCAGGACAGCGUCCCGUGGACCGGCUCGCAGCGCAUCAACGUCCGCGUCACCCUGCACAGGGCCGACCCGCGGCAGGCCAAGGCCAAGGGCAGCCUGCACCAGGAGCAGAAGGGAGACGUGCGUGUGGGCCGCUGGGACGGCAGCCCCUGCCCGCCCCCCCCGGUGGUCUCGCAGAAGCCCCCAGCCCGGCUCCCAGAGCAGAGUGCCGCAGCGCAGAACCGCUACACGCCGGAGAGCGCUUCCAGCAUCUUGGCGAGCUUCGGGCUGUCCAAUGAAGAUCUGGAGGAGCUCAGUCGCUACCCGGAUGACCAGCUGACCCCUGAGAACAUGCCACUCAUCCUCAGAGAGAUACGGAUGCGGAAGAUGGGCCACCCUUUGCCUGGCCUGCAUUCCCAGAGCCGAGGAGAAGUGAUGAGUGGGACGAGCGGCGUGGCCAUCAAGGGCAAGGUGAUUGAUUAUGGGCACGCAAGCAAGUACGGGUACACCGAGGAUCCUCUGGAGGUGCGUGGUUACAACAUGGAAAUGCUGAGAGAGGAGCCUCUGGAUGCACGGCCCUACAACCCCGAAGUGCCAAGCGGAGAGAAGAGGGAAGAGUUCCACCGAGAGCAGAGCAUGCCCAUGGGCGUCCCGCCGGCCGGCAUGGCGUGCGGCCCGGCCUUCCCUCCUCAGGACGUCAUGAAGCCCCCGCCGGCUUUCCAGAGCGACCCGGCUAACCCUCACCCAUUUUUCCCAGCAGAGCCAGCGGGGAAGGCGGGCGGGCUGUGCGCGGCGCCCGUGGGGAAGGCCGGCCCCCCGCCUGCGGUGCUGCCCGUCAUGCCGCCCAUCCUGCCGCUGGCCGUGCCGCCCAUGGCGCAGCCCGUUGUGCCGCCGCUCAUCUCGCAGCCCGUCGUGCCCGUCAUCCCCCAGCCGCCCUUCUCGGCAGAGCUGCUGGCCAUCCUGGAGCAGCGGGACAGGAUCCAGCAUGAGGCCGGGAGCAGCCAGCCCAGCGCCCAGAGCUCCGGGAUGGGGCAGAAGCCCUUCCAGACGCAGCCCGAAGGGCCCAUUAAAUCCCCCUUUGGCGUUGUGAAGGCGUCGUGGCUCCCGUCCUUCCUGCAGUCUGACUCCCAGAAGAUCAAACGGUUGCCCACCCCGUCAAUGAUGAAUGACUACUAUGCGACGUCGCCGAGAAUAUUCCCACAUAUGUGUUCUCUGUGUAACGUAGAAUGCGCUCGUAUGAAGGACUGGAUCCUGCACCAGAACACCCCUUCCCACAUCGAGAGCUGCCGCCACUUACGACAACAGUACCCCGAUUGGAACCCCGAGUCUCGCUCUUCAAAGCGCAAUGCUGCGGACAGGAAGGAGAACCAGACCCCGAAGCACCGCUGCAACUCGGCCAGCCCCGGCCCCAGGCGCCCGCGUCCCGCAGGCUGCAGCCAUGCUCCGCGCCACUCGCGCUCGCGCUCCAGGAGCCCGGGCCGCUACCGCCCUGCGCGGCCCCGGAGCCGCAGCCCGCGUUCGGCGCGCCGCCUGAGCCCCAGGCACUGGUCGCGGUCCCCGCAGAGGUCCAGGAACCCCCUGAGGGGCAGCCCGCGGCCGCAGCGCUCCUCCAGCAAUGACUGGUCGUCGAGGAGGAGCAGCAGGUCUCAAGACAGGAAGGCAGCUCUGGAGGCGGUGAUGAAAACGUUGGGACCCGGCUUUGUGGCAGAGUUCAACAAGCACAAAUCAUCGCAGGCAUCCACGCCUGGAGCAUCGGGCUCAGGGAAGUCAGCGCCCUCUCAUGGCGCAGCAGGGAAGGUGCCUGGGAAUGGGAAGAAAACCCCAAAAACGAGCGUUGCUGUGAAGGCUGUAAAGAAGGAGGCGGUUCCUCUGCCUGCAUCCGGCUCCUCUCCCCAGAGUGAUGAAUUGCCCCAAGAGAAGGAGGUGGAGGAGGAGGAGGAGGACCCACCUGCAGGGCCCAGCAGGCCUCGUGCUGCUCCGUAUAACCGGCUGUUGAGAGAGGAACUGCUGAACUGUGGGACGGUCCUUCAGAUCUCCAACUUACCAGACGAUGGCUUUUCAGACCAGGACAUCAAAAAGAUUGUGCAGCCUUUCGGCAAAGUCAGCGACCUGAUCGUGCUCCGCUCCAGGAACAAGGCCUACUUGGAAAUGAACUACAAGGAGGCAGUGAUAGCAGCUGUGAAAUAUGGUGAAACUGUGCCAGUGCUGGUGAAUGGGAAGCAGGUGAAGAUCAGCGUCGCAGAGAAGCCCAAGGCAUCUCCCAGCCAGGCCAAAACAAGUGUCAAAAAGAAGACUCGGACCAUCAAGAAAGUGGCCCCAAGCACCAGAAAACACCCAACCACCUCCACCACCAGCUCCAAGACAACAAAAACGAUUGCAGGCAAAAAGGAGAAGACCAAGAAGCCCGUGGGGACCAAAGAGAGUAAAGCCAAGACGACUUCAGACACUGCAGACCAGUCAGAAGAAAAUGAAUCAAAAGACCUUCAGAGCUCACCAGAAAGUGAGAUGGAAAUUGAGGAGGGUGAGCUGGUCGAACCCGGGAGCCCUGCAGAAGGGGACGAUGGUGUCACAGAGCCCACGAAGGCAGGAGAGGCUCAGUCCGAAGCAGUGGGCAAUCCUGCACCAUUACCAGAGAAAGCCGCCCAGGUGCUUCAGGAGGUGCCGCUGGGCUCGGAUGGGCAGAAGGAAGCUUUAAUUGAUGGAGAAGCUUCUGCAGUGACUGUGAAGAGCGAGGAAGCAGCAGAGCUGGGCAGCAAGGAAGCUGAUGACGUAUGCGUGGUUCUGGUUUCAAACCUGCCUGAGAAAGGAUAUUCAGUGGAGGAAGUUUCCAACCUGGCAAAGCCAUUCGGAGGGCUGAGGGAUGUGUUAAUUGUGUCAUCUCAUAAGAAGGCUUAUCUUGAAAUCAACAGAAAAUCUGCAGAAUCCAUGGUGAAGUUUUACACCUGCUUUCCCAUGACGCUGGAUGGGAAUCAGCUGUGCAUCACUUUGGCACCUCAGCACAGGAGUGUAAAGGAUGAAGAAGCGAUAUUCACCGCUAUCAUCAAAGACUCUGACCCUAAGGUGAAUGCUGAGGUGGUGCAGCAGCAGUUUGUGCACCUGGGGAACUUACCAGAGGAGGGGUACAGAGAGUUCGAGGUGGUCUGCGUGGGGCUGCGCUUUGGGAAGGUCGAUCAUUACGUUGUGCUGAAGAACAGGAACAAGGCAAUCCUGCAGCUGGAGAGUCCCAAGGCUGCCAGGUCCAUGUUCUGCUUCCUGAACCAGUACUCGUACACCAUGGGGGAGCACACCCUGACCUGUUCCUUGUCCCCCGGCAGGCAGCAAGCUGAUCCUGAAGCUGUGAAAAAAGAAGUGAAGAAGGAGGAGCCGAGCAGAGGAAGCUCUAGCUUGAAAAAAUACACAGAGGGAUCAGGAGUGGUGCAGACAGCAGCUGCUCAUCCUGCAGUAGAGCCCAGCGUGGUGAAGAAAGAACCCAUUUCCACCCCUCCUGUCGAGGACGAGCUGCCAGUGGUGAAGACAGAGCCUUCAGAGUCGCACCUGGAAGGGGCACAGAGGGAUUCUGCUGCAGCACUGGCAGAACAAACCAGCAGGAAGGCAGGGGCUGAGCUCAUAGAUGAGCCCCUCGGAUCAGCUGGGGCCGAGUUACCCACAGCAAAGCCAGAAGAGAAGCUGCUGCCUCCUCCCAGCACGGGAAAGGAGGAGGCGAUUACAGACGGCGCAGCCUCGAAGCUCCCUGUGCCUGCAGUUGGGUCCGCAGCACAGCAGGGCAGGGUGCUGGGAGCUGAAGGGCCGGGUGCUGCUGGAGAGCUGCUGGGAGCAGCUGACCCUGUGCCUGCAGACAUGGGCUCAUCCGUUGUCCCACACAGAAACCCGAAGGCUGACGCCGCCAAAAAGACACGUGUUAACGAUCUGGUGAAAACAGAACGUGAAAAGCAGAGGGCUCCAGCAGCAGAGGUGAAACCUGAGCUUGAGGCUGGGGCGGCACCGGGGAGGACGCUGGCUGGAGAUGGAACUGGAGUGGACGUGGAGGUGAGAGCAGAAGGGGCUGUGCUCCAUGGUGGCACUGCUGGGGAGGAGAGCCCCCAGCUGAAGUCUGCAGCAGAGGUGGAGAAGAAACGCGAGCAGUGUGUGGCUGAGGUUGGGGCGGCCGUGGAGAACAGCAGUAAGAAUGUGAAGGAAAAGAAGGGAAGUUUAAGCAAAGCGCCUCAAAGCAAGGAAGCGAGGCCAGCAAAAAUGAAGGAAGCUGUCAAAGCUGCCGCAUCGAACUCCUCUUCGUCCACCAGGGAGCCUUCCUCUGCUCCUAAAGAAAUUCUGAAGGCAGAGGCGUCUGUUCCUGAUACCUUGAAGCCGAGCGAUGCGGUGCAGAGAAGGAAACCUGCCCUGUGCAAAGGAGAGGAGCAGGCAGCUUCCUCCAAAGCCAGGUCCCAGGGAGCAGCAGCGGGGCAGAAGAAGGCAUUAAAAGAGGAAGGUCAGCCCAGAGCCAGCACGUCCCAGCCAAGCGGCUCUGCAAAGGGAGGCAGUGGGAGGAACGCAUCCCUGCAAGACAAGGACUCGCGCGUGGAGCCGAGGGCUGGUUCAAAGCAGCCCCAGGAGGGGGAGAGCAGGUCGUCCAGCGCGAAGAAAGACAGCAGCAGCACUAAGGUUUCCACUGGAGGCAAUACGAGAACGUCCAAAAGCAGUGGCAGCAGCAGCACAAAGCAGAAGGAGGAAGAAGAGCUGUUCCCAUUCAACCUGGACGAGUUUGUUACUGUGGACGAGGUGAUAGAGGAAAGCGAACCUCCCGUUAAAACACAGCACAGUCAGCCCAAGGGGAAGAGGAAGGAGUGUUCCAGGAGCACCUCGGAGCCCAGCUCCAAGAGGAGGAAGGAGAGGAGCUCCCCGCAGCGCCUCGCCGAGAGCCAGCUGUCCUUCGUCAUGUUGGAUGAGAUCGGCGAGGAGGAGGAGGAGGCUGGCGCACAGCUGGGCAUGCUGGUGGUGGACGAGGUGGUGGAGGAGGAGGAGCUGCUGGCCGAGGUGGGCGAGGAGCCGCGGGUGCUCCUCACCUUGGAUGAGCUGCAGGAGCAGGGCGGCUCGCGGAGGGACGGCUGCGCUUCGGAAGGGCGGCGAUUGAAGCCGGAGCCUUUGGUGACUGUGGAUGAAAUCGGGGAGGUGGAGGAGCUGCCGCUGAAUGAGCCCACGGAGCUGAGCGGGGAGGAGAAGCAGAAGGAGGAGGAGAAGGGCGGCGCUGAGGAUCCCUGCCAGGUGCCCGACGAUCCCAGCGCCUUGGUGACGGUGGAUGAGAUCCGCGAGGACCACGAGGACGACGGCGCGGCGUGGGAUGAGGCGAACGAGGACGAAGAUGAUUUCCUGGCUGAUUUCAACCGUCUGAAGGAGGAGCUGAACUUCGUUACGGUGGACGAGGUUGGGGAGGAGGAUGAGGAGGAAGAAAGCGCUUUGCCAGGGGAAAACCCAAAGGAAGGCGAAGACAAGGAGGAAAAUGCUGCUGCUGUGGGACCAGAGGAAGAAAUGGCUGCAGCUGCAGGACCAGAAGAGGAGGACAUUGUUGCUGUUGCAGGGCCAGAAGAGAUGGAAGUUCUGGGCAGUGCUCAUCCAGAGGAAGAGGAAAGUGCAGCCUCCAAAUCAAAAGAUCUGGAUUACCUCCUCCCCAAGGCCGGCUUCUUCUGCCAAAUCUGCUCCUUGUUCUACUCAGAUGAGACCUCAGUGAAGAAUCACUGCCGCACGGCGCUGCACCAGCAGAACGCAGAGAGGUUCAUGGCCACACAGGAGGAGGAGAGCAGUGGGGCUGAGCACAGCCCGAGGUGACGGGAGGAGAGGAGCCUCCAUCCUUCCAUCCUUCCAUCCCAUCCAGCGUGGGGCCCGGCUGCCUUCGUGUGCUCUGUUGGUGUUGUACAGAGCCAGACUGAGACACCCACGGGGGGGGGGGAGAGGGGGUGGCUUUGGUUUGUGUCCCAAAGCAUCGGGGUGCUGGGGAGCUGCUCCCCCCCCUGCCAUAAACACCCUCCUUGUACAGCCCCCAAGGCCUCGUGUGUGCUGUGCCUCCCCCUGCCCCCCACCCUGCCCCACCCGGGGUCCUGGAGUUGGUUCAGUGCACUCCACGCAUCACCUGGGGGGGUCCCUUAUGCCUGCCUGCACCCCUGCCUGCUGGGGGGGGGCUCUGGUUUCUAUUGGGACCCCCAUCUCCUGAGCAUCCCAUCACGUCUGGGGGGCCCUGCAGUGCUCUGGGUGACCCAUGGCUUGUGCCCAAGUUUCCUAUGCGUGCUGUGGGUCUUCAGUUCAUCUUUGGGGGGGGUCCCUUAUGCUUGCCUGCACCCCCCAGCUGCUGGAGGCAGGGCUCUGGUUCCCACCAGGCCCCCCAUCCCUGGGAGCAUCAUGGAGUGUCUCAUUGCCCUGGGGGGGACCCGAUGCUCUCCAGGGCCGUGCAGCCAUCCGUGGCCUUGUGGCCGUUUGCUGUGCACCUUGUGGGGCUUCAGCUCAUCAUUUACUACUCCUGCUGGGCUGCCACGAGUCCACGGGGCCGGAUGAGAUCCACCCAAGACCCUGAUGGCCCUGGCGGAGCUGAUAGCCCAGCCAUUUGCUGUUAUCUGCCGGUGCUCCUUGUUGACUGGUGAGGUCCCAGAAGACUGGAGGCUUGCCAGCGUGACUCCCAUCUCCAAGAAGGGCUGUAAGGAGGAUCUGGGGACCUGAAGGCCUGUUAGCCUGACCUCGGUGCCAGGAAGGCAACUGGGGGAUGAAGCCUAGCCAGCAUGGGCUCACCAGCAGGUCCUGCUUGACCAACCUGAUCUCCUUCUGUAAUCCAGUGACCCGUCUGCUAGACGAGGGAAGGCUGUUGACGCAGUGUGCCUGGACUUCAGCAAGCCUUUGACAUGUCUCCCCAGCAUUUUGCAGGAGCUGGCAGCCCGUGGCUGGGACAGGUGUGCUGUUGGCUGGGUCAGGAACUGGCUGGAAGGCAGCGCACGGAGAGCGGAGGUGAAUGGAGCUGAAUCCAGCUGGCAGCCACUGGUGUUCCGCAGGGUCGGUGCUCUGCAAGAUCUUUAGUGACGACCUGGAUGAGGGCACUGAGUGCCCCCUGUAAGUUUGCGGAUGGCACCAAGUUGGCUGGAAGUGUGGAUGUGCCUGGGGGUGGCGAGGCCCUGCAGACGGAUCUGGACAGGCUGGAGAGCUGGGCUGAAGCCAAUGGGAUGAGGUUCAACAAGGCCAGAUGCCGGGUCCUGCACUUCGGCCACAACAACCCCAGGCAGUGCUGCAGGACUGGGGCGGGUGGCUGGAGGACUGCACACAGGAAAUGGAGCUGGGGUGUUGAUCGGUGCUCGGCUCAGCACGAGCCAGCAGUGUGACCGGGUGGCCAAGAAGGCCGAUGGCAUCUUGAAUUGCAUCAGAGCCAGCGGGAACAGGGCAGUGACUGUCCCUGCACGCAGCUCUGUCUCACGGCAAGGACAGUGAGCCCCUGGGGCGGGUUGAAAGGAGGGAACGGAGCUGCGAGGGUCUGCAGCACACGGCUUGUGAGGGGCGGCUGAAGAGCUGGGUUCAGUGUGGAGAAGAGGCUCAGGGGGGACAUGAUGGCUCUCUGUAGCCACCUGAACAGAGUGGGGACACCAGGGGACAUGGAGAACCCCAAUGGGACACUGGGACCCCAAUGGGACAUGGGGACCCAAUGGGGCAUGGAGGACCUUGAGUGUGGAGAAGAGGAGGCUUGGGGGAGACCUUAUUGCUCCCUAUAGCUACCUGAAGGGAGUGGGGACAGCAUGGGGACCCAAUGGGACACUUGGACAUCAAUGGGACAUGAGGACCCAGUGGGACAUGGAGAACCUUGAGUGUGGAGAAGAGGAAGGUCCAGGGGAGACAUCAUUGCUCUCUAUAGCUACCUGAAGGAAGUGGGGACAGCAUGGGGACCCAAUGGGACUUGGAGAACCCCGAUGGGACACUGGGACCCCAAUGGGACAUGGAGGACCUUGAGUCUGGAGGAGGCUUGGGGGAGACCUUACUGCUCUCUAUAACUACCUGAAGGGAGUGGGGACAGCAUGAGGACCCAAUGGGACAUGAAGACCCAAUAGGACACUUGGACAUCAAUGGGACAUGGGGACCCAAUGGACAUGGAGGACCUUGAGUGUGGAGAUGAGGAGGCUUGGGGGAGACCUUACUGCUCUCUAUAGCUACCUGAAGGGAAUGGGGUCAGAAAGGGGACCCAAUGGGACAUGGAGAACCCCGAUGGGACACUGGAACCCCAAUGGGACAUGGAGAACCUUGAUGGGACACUGUGAUCCCAAUGGGACAUGAGGGCCCAAAGGAGCAUGGAGGACUCCAUCGGGACACUGGGACAUCAAUGGGACGUGGGGACCCAAUGGGACGUGGACAACCCCGAUGGGACACUGCAACCCCAAUGGGACAUGGGGACCCAAUGGGACAUGGAGAACCCUGAUGGGACACUGGGACCCCAAUGGGACUUGAGGACCCAGUGGGACAUGGAGGACCUUCAGUCCGGAGAAGAGGAGGCUCAGCGGAGGCCUCAUUGCUCUCUGUAACUGCCUGACACCCCCGGGGGGGUGGGGGGGUGGCUUUGGUUUGUGUCCCAAAGAUCGGGGUGCUGGGGGGCUGCUUCCCCCCCCACCCCCCUGCUCAUCUGCCAUAAACACCCUCCUUGUACAGCCCCCAGGGCCUCAUGUGUGCU